AUGGCGACACAACCAGCCACGUCGGCGCCGGCGACAGGCGUGACGCCGACCGCGACGUCUGCGACGUCUGCACCACCUGGUGAUGAAAAAGAUGCUUCGCAGACAUCGGCACCGUCCGAGAUACCCGUAAGGACCAAGGAAUCGUUCAACAAACUCAUGGUCGAGCGUUACACGAUGCGCGACUCCAUUGCCAGUGCCGCCCUGGGUGAACAGCUCAACCAGACACGACAAUCCUCACAGGAGAUGCGUGAGAAGAUACACGAAUACAGGAUGGUUCGCAACGAGUAUAAGCCUUGGUUCCCGCCGAGUAGGCUCUACGGCGAAGGGUACAAUGGAUUUGGGAACGGAUACACGGAAAACCAGCAGCCUGCGUCUCGAAUUGUCUACCCAGCGCAAAAGCCGCGACCCGGGCGACGAACAACGCCUUCCUUCAAGUUUGCUCGCAAGGACAUGCUGAAGCAGGCUGAACAACACGAAGAGCUCGUCCCGCUGCGUCUCGAGGUGGAGUGGGAUAAGGUCAAGCUUCGCGACACGUUCACCUGGAACCUGCACGAACGACUGCUGGCUGUUGAGCUGUUCGCUGCGCAGCUGGUGGAGGACAUGGGACUGAAGCCUCCUGCUGCACAGCCGGUAUUUGAUCAAAUUGUUCUGCAGAUGCGGGAACAGCUCAACGAUUUCUAUCCCUUUGCGUUCGCGGAGGAAGACGCCCUGGACCCAGAACUUCCGUACUCAGCUUAUAAGAAUGACGAAAUGCGGAUCCUAAUCAAGCUAAACAUCACCAUUGGCCAGCAUACAUUGGUAGAUCAGUUCGAAUGGGAGAUCAACAACCCUCAUAACUCGCCGGAAGAAUUUGCCGCCAACAUGGCUCGCGACCUUUCUUUAUCGGGCGAGUUCACGACGGCAAUUGCUCACUGCAUUCGCGAGCAGGCCCAGCUUUUCACCAAGAGUUUAUACAGCAUAGGACAUCCCUUUGACGGCAGACCGGUCGAGGACUCGGAUCUUGUGUCUGCGUUCUUGCAAACACCGCUCCCUACCGUCUUCCGACCACAGCAGCAAGCUAAGGAAUACGCACCAUACAUGUAUGAGCUCAGUGAAGCGGACCUGGAGCGAAACGAGAUGGUAUUUUCUCGCGAACAGCGGCGUCAGAAACGAUCCAUCAACCGACGCGGUGGACCACAGCUCCCCGAUCUCAGAGAACGACAAAGGACGAUUCGCACUCUCAUUGUGUCGUCUGUCCUGCCUGGUGCCGCCGAGAAUGUCGAAGACAGCCGAUUGUACAAGCGGACGGCGGGAGCAAACAGAAAGAGAACGGCUCGCGAUGGUGAAAUUUCAGAGUCCGAGGAGAGCGAGGACUCAUCGCCCGACUCGCCUGCACCCUCACAAAUGGCCGGUACGGCACGCACAAGGGGUAUGCGAGGAGCGGCAUCGGCGGCACAGCAGAGGAUGGCUAAUCUUGGCCGCUCUGAAACACCCGAGACUGGCUCACUACACCACCACGAGACCAGGACGUCGCGUCGCGGCCGGGAAGAGACAGAAGAGCCUUCUCACCUAUGGGUUACGUUGAAGGUACACAAGGACAAGCUCAGACGACUGAUGAAGGGCGACUAUCGCGACUUAAAGACACCUUCGCAACCCCAAACGCCGGUGGUGGCCCAUGCUAGAGCGCCAAGCACAUCAAGCGUACCGAAACCCAAAACGCCAUUCACACCAACUUCUGCAUCCUCCACGCCUCAACCAGCAGCUGCACCAGCACCUUCAGGAAGUGGCUCCAGCUCCUUUCCCGCAGGCCAGCUAGGACGUCUCCCUGCUCCUCCUCCUGUCCCUGGACAAUCACCUCCCCCAGCUCCCCCUCCACCAGAGUGGCUCGUCAACGCCCUCAAAGACCUAGAGAAGCAAUACCCCAACGGAGACAAAUUUGAAGCCAUCAUGAAAUACUCCUACCUCGAUCCCGUCACCGAACUCCCCGUCCAGCCGCAAUCACAGCCAUUCCCAGAAGGCGUUAAGUACGCCUGGCUCCCACGCAUCCGGUGUCUCGACUGCGCUACGAAGCUGUACACCCCCGGCCCAGACAUGACUGCCCAAAAGUUCGAAGCGCAUCUAAAGUUCUCAGGGCACCAAAAGAAGGUCCAGCAACGAUUGGCGGCGCAAAAUACCGGUGCACCGAGUUCGUAG